GGGUGAAGUUCAACAGUGGCAGGAGGAAAAUUCUCACUAAUAGAACCCCACCAAUUAAUUUGUGGAAGCCGCACAUCAUCUACAUCCAAUUACUUGCUCUUACUUUCAAAAGAGUGUGCUUGUGGUGUCAUUUGAGGAAAUCAUAUAAUUUCCUACUGCUCGUGAUAUUGCUGGGAGAAGUGUUUGAUAACUUUGGGAAAAGACAUUCAACCAAGAGCAUGGUGCAGUCGAAAGCAUAUUCCACGGAACAAAUUGAUGUGCCGGCAAAUUUUGAGAAUAUCCUCAAAACAUAUGCUAAAGCUGUGAUAAAAACCCAACCGUAUGACCUUCUACGAUGGUCUGCUAUGUACUUUCGGUGUCUGGCUACGGACAAGGUGCCACCGGUGAAGGAUCGUCUCGAGACAAACUGCGAACAUGGACGACUGACCCCAGGCUACCUCAAAGUUCUCCUCAGGCAGCUUGGGAAGGGUUUCCACGUAACUCAGGAUACCCUUCAGGAGUACUGGAAAGGUCUCUGUCUCCUCGAGGAGGAUCUACUCAAGUUCAUGUCACUCAGCCGAAUGCUCUACUGGAAUAAAAUUCACUGGCUCAAGUUGUUUGCCGUCAUGGUUGGCAGUUUGAACAAUAAUUUAAAAGAUACCGCCAUUAUGCUGUGUGAAUUACUCACUGAUAGCCCCGAAGGUAGUUCCUCACCUAUUCCACUGUGGAUGUUUAAAGAGUGCUAUACAUUUCUCGCCCAACUGGACUGUUCACGCGAGCAAACAUUUAUUGAUUCGAGGUUACUGCUAAAUAAUGGCGAUCUCGAGACCGAACUCAUUGAGCCAAGUUGUCCAAUUCUUCCAUCAACUGUGGCAACUCUCAUAGGGCAAAUGGCCAUGUGCCGGACAAAGGAUGCUAUCGCGGAAAUGGAUGCUGAAGUACUCAAUCAUUUGCAACAGCAGGUAGACAAUUUUGAAGAGAUGCUGCGAGAAAGUGGGGAUUUUGGCAAUUUGAUGUCCAUUCUGGCGCAGGUUGUGCAAAGUGGCGAGAACGACAGUGUGGUUGGUUUGUCAGCCGAUAAACGUGCUGUGAUUGAAAAGUCAUUGGGUGAGAGUGCGGAGGCGCACCGUGCCAAUGGCAAUGAGAAGGUGGCUCAUUUGUAUGCAGACCAAGAAAAAAAGCCAAGAGAUAUUGGAACACUGUGGUCUUGGGUGUAUCAAUUUGCUCAGUGCACAAGUGACGACAGUGGCAACAAUAAGUCAUUUAAUUUCAUCUCAUCUCCCACCGACUUGGUUGCAUUUAAUGAAAAUUCCACCCAGCCGCCGGAAGUUGAAUCACCAUUAGCCACGGAGAUCGAUGCCAAGUUGACUGACGAUGGUGGUGAUUUAUUGCCAGGCCAUCCGCCCACCGUGGAUGCUAAUGAAAAAGCACCGAUCGAUACACCAUCCAAUAUCGACGAUGAUGUCAUCGACGUUGGGGCUUUUUUGCGUGAAGCUGAAUCCAAGGGAUUGUUUCAAGUCGGUGACACACCUUCCAUUAUAACCUUCCUCAGUCGUGGUGAUGCACCGCACGCUGCAGACCCAGAGCUUAGUGCCCUUAAGGACUAUCUGGAGCAAUGCACAGACACAUUUCAGGAUAUUAAUGAGCUCCUCAGUGGCUUUACAGCACACCAGAAUAGCCACCAAGCUGGGAGUGAGAUGGUGGAAAAAAUUGUCACGAGAGCUGCACAGAUGGCAACAAUGAGUCGAGAGGAUUCAUCAAUUGAUGACAAAGCGAAUACAUCUGAUGAGGAAAAAAUGACGCAGGAUGAUCCCAAUAUAAUUAAUGUGUUCGCCAAGAGUGGCAUCGAGGCGGAUGAGGAUUUGAUUCGUGCUGCUAUUGCAGAACAAAUGAUUCUGGGUCUCAUUGAGAAGACCAUUCGUGAUUCAGAGGACACUCUGAGAGUAAUUGAGGGGGAACAGAGUGUGGCGGAUGCACCACAGGAUGCUGAACCGCAUGAUGUUGGUGGUAGUGCCAAUCAAGAGUCACGAGAAAAUUCCACUGAAUCUGAGGGCAAAAUUCAAGCAUCAGCCGACACGGAAUCAUUUGCGGGAAAUACUGAUAGAGAACAGGUGGGCACCUCUGUAGAUAAUGACAGCAGUACACAGGGUUCGAGGGAAUCUCAGGCUGCACAACACGGAGAUGUGGCACAUGCUGUAGGAGAAAUUCCCUCUCAGGAAGCCACUCAGAGUGUUGAUGAUGUGAAAUCAGAGACCAUUGGGGAAAAUUCCUCUGGGGAAAAGGAUGCAUCACAGGGGGAACCUGUGGGAAUUGAGAAGUCAUUGGAUAUGGAUGUGGGAGAUGGGGUAGUCAAGGAGGAAAAUCAAGUGGUAGCCUCACCUGAAAAUGACUCAAUCGAAAAGGUCGAUGUGGUUGGUGUGGAGAAUGACGGUGUGAAUAAAUUGGAAUCAUCUUCGUCCGUUGACAUGGCCAUCGAAGCUGAUACUACUGGUGGAGAGUCAGAGACAAAAAACGACCAGAAGGUGUCAGUAUUGGAUUCAUCGGGGGAGAAUGAAUCAUCUGCCAGGGUAUCAAUUGAGGCAAAGCCAGAAGAGAGUCCACAUGGUGUGAAUGCUGCUGAAUCACAAGCAGGUGAAGAUGUGGCCACCACUGAGGUGGUAAAUGGAAAUGAUCCUGUCACAGAUUCCAAUUCAGCGCCAUUAGUCAGCAAAUCAGAUUCUAAGGAUGAUGAAGGAGAGAAAGUAUAUGACAAGUCACUUGAACUCCUUGAGCCUGUGGAGAGUCAAUCGAAUGGUUACGAAAAGUCAUCAAGUGCCGAUGGUAGAGGAAAGCAUACCUCCUACUCCUGCACAGUGGGUCCAAUCUUGGGAAUUGGUGCAGCUGUGUCACACGGAACUCUCACUGCCCUCAUGGACUACCUCACGGAACGCGCCAAGGAGCAAAAUGGGAUGAUUUAUCCAAGAAACUUCGACGAAGAACAAUGUCCACCACUCUAUGAUGAUGUGAAGUAGAUAUUGUCGAAAUGAUUUAUGAUCCAACCACUCAGAAUUUCGAUUAAAUUCAACACUUUACACACACAGGAGAGAACAACCCUUUUAUUCAGCUAACUCACGGUGGAAUUGUUGAAUUUUGCAUCUAUCGCACUCACUUCUCUCAAAGAGGAUGAUGUAGCGUCCAGGAGUUAGUAUAUACAUUAUAUAUUUUCCAUUCAUUGUUAUAAAAAAUAUAAAUAAAUAUAUACUCCACUGAGCUGAUAAAUAGAUGUUAUCCUAAACUC